AUGAAGUUCGCAUCUGCAAUUCUUUCUGCCCCAGUUUUGGCCUCUGUUGCCUCUGCUGCCGCAUUCUCUCAGUACACCAACUCUACCGCCUCUUCAGCCGAGGAUAUCGCCACUACUGUGGUCACUAUCACUUCUUGUGCUGAUAACAAGUGUUCUGAGACUGCUGUUACCACUGGUCUUACCACUGCUACCACAAACGUCGGUGGCACUGAGACCAUCUACACUACCUACUGUCCUUUGACUGCUGCUGAGGCUGCUGAGGCUGCUGAAUCUGCCGCAGCCACCACCUCUGCACCAGUUUCUGAGCAGGCAGUUACUACUUUGGUCACGGUCACGUGUCACGAGCAGACCUGCGAGUCUUCCACCGUUACCACGGGACUUACCUCAUACACCACCACUGUUGGUGGUACCGAGACCAUCUACACGACUUACUGCCCAUUGACUGCAGCUGAGUCUACCGAAGCAUCUUCUAGUGCUUCUCCUUCUAGUGCAGUUCCUUCUAGUGUUGCUCCAGAGGUCACCUCUUCGUCAAAAUCUGCUGCCGCUGCUGAUACUACUGCUCCAGCUGAGUCUGCCAUCACUACUGUUGUCACUGUCACCUGCCACGAGAGCAAGUGCGAGUCAUCCACAGUUACCACCGGCCUCACUUCAUACACCACUACUAUUGGUGGCACCGAAACUGUCUACACCACUUACUGCCCAUUGACCGCCGAGACUUCAACUAGUGCUCCUGCCGAGACCACCGAAUCUUCCUCGAGUGCUCCUGCUGAAACUACUGAGGCUUCAUCAAGCGCUCCUGCUGAAACCAGCAAGUCUUCAUCCGAAGCUGCAGUCGAGACUUCUCAGGCUGAGUCUGCCAUCACCACUCUCGUCACUGUCACAUGCCACGAGAGCAAGUGUGAGACUUCAACCAUCACAUCUGCUGCUCCAGUUUCUACCACUUCAUCCGGUUCGGUUGCACCUGUCGAAACUUCUUCCACUUCUUCUGCAGCUCCAGAGGUCUCAACCUUCUCUAACGCUGCUCCAGUCGAAAAAUCGGCCGGCUUCCUCGCAGGUGGUGCUCUCUUUGUUGCUGCCCUUCUUUUGUAA